AUGGAGGAUGAUACAUCAGAGCAACAGGGCAUGGUUGAGGGGGUAGCUGCUAUCUCCGGCUCAACAAGCUCGACAGCGAUCCCGGCGUAUCCCACCACCGAUAUUGCUCAGCCAUCCGCGAGUACGCCCAUCCCCAACCAGCCUUCGACCGGCGCAUCUGAAAGCUCAACUCGAUCGCGGGUCUCACUCUCUUACGCCGACCAACCAAGACGGGAUCGAAGCGAAAACGUUUCCUCUUCAGCCACAAACCCCGUUGAUGCUGCUGUACGAUCUGCUCACCGACGCUCACAGUCGGGUGCACGGCGUGGCCUCAACCAACGCAGAGCCAGCAUGGAAGCCAGCACCGCACCUCAAACCUCAGGCGCAUUCCGUCGAUCUAUCUCCCUCAUCCGCCCCUCCGAAUCCGGUCCUGUCGAUCCGAUGCAAGAACCACGCCGAUCAAUAGCCAAACGACCCGACGAGCUACACUUAUCCGACCGCGAUCCGCACAAACCCUCAUAUCAAGGGAAGUGGUGGAAACAUAAACGAAGAGCAAUCCCUUUUGCCGCUCCGUACGAGCGGUCUGGUGUCGUCAUUGACCAACCUGCCACCUUGAGGGAUUGGAUGGUUCCGGGUCCGUUAACGUUUGGAUAUGGUCAAUGGUGGUAUUUGGUCUUCGCACAGGGUGUUAUUGCGAUGCUCAUUUCAGGGGCGAUCAACUUUGGUGUUGCGGUAGCAUUGUACAGGACUCAACCUACUAUUGAUGUUUGGACGUUUAACAGGCAGACAGUGGCAGGGGACAUGGGGGUGACGGUGAUUAUUCAACAGAUUGUUUCUUUUAUCAUUACUUCUUCGCUGGUACAUCAUGAUUUGUACGCGGGUCCGAUUGGACCAUUAAGGCGUCCCUGGCCUCCCCUUUUGCACUUGCCUUCUACUCCUGGACCGGAGGGACGCUGGCUGGGUGUUCGCAUGCCAGAGGAUGUACAGCGGGAAGAGAAGAAUUGCAGAAUGGGUAGAGCGGAAGGAAAGUCCAAGCUGAACGGUUGGUGGUGGUGGUUCGUCCGAGCAGUACUGACUGGGUCGGAGAGGAAUGAUUUGCUUGCAGCCGGUAUUUCAUGGCGACAACGGCUAGAGCGAUUGGUGUGGACGGCUGCACAAGGGUUCUUCCUCUGCUGUCUUACUUUUUGGUGGUACUGGCCCUUAGCGAUUGCGAUCGUUGCGCCGAUCUACGGAGGCCGCGAACUGGCAGGGACCUGGAUUCCGAUGAUCAUCAAGUUGCUUUUCGGCGGCAUUCUUUCGCUGCUGACGAAUCCGAUCAUGGCACUGAUGGCUAUGGGAGCCGAAUCAUCGGUUAGGAGAUGCUAUCCCGAGUUGGAAAUUUGGCAGCCGUUUGGAGGUAGUGAAGAUUUCGCGCAGUGGAAGGUGGAACAUGGUGUAGUGGAUGCCGCGGAGAUGGGUGAGGCUAGUGCAGUGGAAGGGUCGGUGACGACGCUGGAACAGCAGGUUACGGUGCUGCAUAGCCAUUCGGCUGGGUCUUCAGAUGAUCAGGAGAUGGUGCAAGCUGGAGACUCCGGGUUUGCGGCUGCGCAGAAUGAGAAGGUGAGUUCAGGUUACCAGCUCAGCCACUUGCUGGAGAGGAGGAUCACUGAAGAGCCCAGUGCGGCAAUAUCGCGUGAUGCGAAUCAUGAGAAGGAAGGCUGA